AUGGGUGACUUGGUGGAAGCUCAAGGAUGGUGUGUCACAUACUCGGACCUGGCGUUCUUGCGGCAAGAGGUCCGCGAGGCGCUUGAAAGUGGCCAGAUUCAGCUGGAGAAUGAUGAUGCAGAGCAUGCGGAGGAUGAGGCCUAUGGGCCCAGCAUUUACGCAGAACAAUACAUCAAACCCGUGACGCUGCAAGCGGGCAAGGUUAGCUGGGCCUUGAUGCAACAUCCAGAUGGUUUGGACUGCGACCUGUUCAUCAGCCAUGCCUGGCAAGAAGGUUUCUUUGAAUUUCUGAGCAAGGUGACGUACAGCUGGCCCUGGGGGUUGCGAACUGCUUGGUGCUGCAUGUUGGCGAAUCCGCAGAACUUGAACAUCUCAUCGUUUUUGGAGUCCCCCACUAGUUCGCCCUUCGCAGUGGCGUUGCGCGCCUCUAAAGUCAUGUUGGUGGUCCCAAACCGACAUCAAAGUGUCUACACGCGGCUGUG